AACCUCGACCAGAGAACAUUGAAUAACAAGCGGAAGCGAAAAGCGCAGUUGAAAGUUCGUCAAAAGGCGACCAGUUUCCUCGUUCGUUUUCCCGCCAAAUGAGUCAGAAAAAUUUUCCAAGUGCUCGAUACGAAACAUAAAGACUUACAAGACUUAAAGUGCAAGCAGUGAAUGGAAUAUAGAAUUCCUGAACAAUAUUGAAAUCAAACAUUAAAAAUAUAUGCUGUACUAAAGUUAUAUAUUUUUUAACGAUUCAAAUAUUUUGUAAAAUCAGAUUUUGUAUUAAAUCAAAUACCGCCAUGGCCAUCGCCUAUUUCAUACCCGACCAGGCCCAAUUGUUGGCCAGAAGCUAUCAGCAAAACGGCCAGCAGGCAGCAGCGAGUCCAAGGACAACUGCAACACCUGCUGCACCACCGCAGCAGCAGCAACAAUCGCAACAGCAGCAGCAGCAACAACAUCAUCAGCAACAGCGCCCUCAAUUCCGUGCCAAUAUUUCCGUGCCGCUGGGAAGUCAACAGGGAUCGAUGACCAUGUCGGAGUUUGGAUGCUGGGAUCUUUUGGCGCAGAUCUUUUGCUACGCUCUGCGAAUCUACAGCUACAGUUCGAGCCAGCGACAACCGACGGUCAUUCAGAUAUCUUUCGAAAUCAGCAGCGGCAGUCAGAACAACGAUGAGGACGACGGGACCGAUGCCACCUCCAAGGAAAACUAAAUGUGGUUUCCAUUUUUCAUCCUGGUGGAGAGGAAAUCUUUGGGAUUUUCUGGGAAAGGCAGGCUCAAUCAAAGCGCAUUGUGAUUUCUUUUUUGGAACUACAAUACAGAACCAACAACAAAACAAAGAUGCAACCGCAACAACCAGAAUAACAAAAGACAACAACUCAAUUGUACAAAAUAGAUUUUAAGCAAACAGCAAAUUUUAUAUGUUUACAACAAAAAGAGAAAAUACAAAAUGUCUAAAAAAAUAGAAUACAAGAACCGCCGAACAGAAUACAUUUUAACAAAAAUUAAACAAAACAACACAUUUAAGCAAUUUUGAUACGAAUAAUCAAGAAUAACAAAAUUUGAAAUGU